GGAGAAGGGGCAUCUGGAUUCCCCGGAAUCCUGGCCUCCUUCAGGCACCCCGAGGCACUGGCAGAUGAAGAUGUCAGAGCACCUCAGAGUCCCACAGUGAGGCCUACAGCUUGGAAGUCAUGGAUCUUAUCGCUUGAGAAGCUUGGUGUUUUGCCUUCGCUUAACACUUAUUGAAUGCCUCCUGUAUGCCAUGUCUUUACCUAUGGAGCACUUGCUAUAAGCCUGGUACUGUUCUACGCACUUUAUAUAUAUUAACUUAUUUAAUCCUCACAGUAACUCCAUGUGGUAGGAAGUAUUGUUAUCCCCAAUUUUACAGAUGAAGAAACUGAGGCUUAGGGAGGUUAAGUGGCUUUUCCAAGGUCACACAACCAACAGGUCUUAAAAUCUUGGUGCUGUCUCCCCAGUAUCCUCUUGCUUUGAGCCUCAGGAGACAUCUUGUUCUAAGGGUUUUGUUGAUCCCACUGGGACAUGGCAAGAGAUGCCCUAGGCAAGUCACAGAGCCCGAGGAUUCAUCGCAGAAAUCUUCUAGGGGUACGGACUGGGACCCUGGAGGCAGAAAUAGUUACUAAUGGGAGUUACAGUCCUGAAUGUGAGUCCCUGCUUGGGUUGCUCAUGGGCAGUGAGGUUCUUGGCCAAGAUACUCAACCUCUUCAAACCUCAGUUUCUUCAUCUGUAAAUGAGUAUGUAACAGUUUUAGAAACCUAUUCUCAGAAAUCACAUCCACAAGUGCUCAUGCCGUAUGAAGCCCACGCUGGGUGUUAACAAAAGGUUAAGCAAGUGGGUUGAGGUCCCAUGGGGAGUAGGGGUGGGUCUUGUGUCACCAGGGCUGCCCCUCACCCUAAACCUUGGCCCCGACAACGCACCCACCUGCCCAGCAGUGCUGAUCUGGGACGAUGCCCGGGAGGGCAAGGACUCCAAGGACAAGCUGGUGCUGGAGUUCACCUUCACCAAGCCAGUGCUGGCUGUGCGCAUGCGCCAUGACAAAAUCGUGAUCGUGCUGAGGAACCGCAUCUACGUGUAUUCCUUUCCCGACAACCCCCGAAAGCUGUUCGAGUUUGACACCCGGGACAACCCCAAGGGGCUCUGUGACCUCUGCCCCAGCCUGGAGAAGCAACUGCUGGUGUUCCCAGGACACAAGUGUGGGAGUCUGCAACUUGUGGACCUGGCAAGCACAAAGCCUGGUACUUCAUCUGCUCCAUUUACGAUCAAUGCACAUCAGAGUGACGUGGCCUGCGUGUCUCUGAACCAGCCAGGCACUGUAGUGGCCUCGGCCUCUCAGAAAGGCACCCUUAUUCGCCUCUUUGACACGCAAUCCAAGGAGAAACUGGUGGAAUUGCGCCGAGGCACUGACCCUGCCACUCUCUACUGCAUCAACUUCAGCCAUGACUCCUCCUUCCUCUGCGCUUCCAGUGAUAAGGGCACGGUCCAUAUCUUUGCUCUCAAAGAUACCCGCCUCAACCGUCGCUCCGCGCUGGCUCGUGUGGGCAAGGUGGGGCCUAUGAUUGGGCAGUACGUGGACUCUCAGUGGAGCCUGGCGAGCUUCACCGUGCCUGCCGAGUCAGCCUGCAUCUGCGCCUUCGGUCGCAAUACUUCCAAGAACGUCAACUCUGUCAUUGCUAUCUGCGUAGAUGGGACCUUCCACAAAUAUGUCUUCACUCCUGAUGGAAACUGCAACAGAGAGGCUUUUGAUGUGUACCUUGACAUCUGUGACGACGAUGACUUUUAAGGACCCUGUGGGUUGUGCGAGGGACCUGCAGUGGCAGAUUGCAAAGCCCUCGGGGGGUCAGGAGUACUGUGAAAGCUACCAGCCAGCGAGCAUUAGUGGGGCAGGUGCCCACCUUCCACUCGGCAGUGCAAGACAGCUCACUUCGCCCAAGCACUUCUUGGUGACUGUGUGCCAGCAGGGCCAGGCUAGGGAAGCAGGGAGGGAGCAGACCCCCUGGGGCUCCCAGCCUGGAGACGACUGCUAGGGACCCAGAGGGAGUGUCCUAAUUCAACCUGUGGGGAUUAAAAAACCUUCCCAGAAAGAGA